CUUUUAAUUGAGCUUACGUUUGCGCACGCGUUUUGGGGAGAGAAAAACAUAGGAUUUGAAACGUUAAUACAAAAUUUAAAAUCAGGACUAAAAAAUACAAACGAUUUCUAUGAAUUCUUGCGUGAACUUAAUUCCUUAGAAGAUAGCUAUGGAAAAUUGUGUGCUAAACUGUCCAAACAAAUUUCAAAUUAUGCAACUGUGGGCAGUUUCAAGCCAUGUUGGAAUAUUAUCCUUGAAACUCUUGACCAAAUGGUGCUAGUAAAAGGUUCGAUGUGUGCCGAGCGGCUCAACUUGAUGAAGGAUGUGCAGAAGUAUUCGGAAGAGCUGCAGAAAAAACAUCGCCAACUCAGGGAAAAUGAGGCUGGAACACAAGAGGUGGUGCACGCAUUUCAGGUAUUAUAUCUCUUGUACCACAAAGGCCUUUCACUAUCGCCGACUGCAGCAUUCUUCUCUUAUCUCGGUUGUCCGUACCCUGAGGUAAACAGUUUAUAUAUUUUUCCCCAUCUUACCCUGUACGGCCUCCUGAUACCACCAUUCUUUGGGACGUUUUCCUCAUUUUGGGUCGCUUAG